ACGCCCCGCCCCAUCCAGAGCCACCACCCCGGGCUCCCGGCCGCGCGCAGCUGGCCAAGCGGGGUUUGCAUUUCCUCACUGCUUUGUCUUGAAGAUAGAACCAUGCCAAAGAAAGCAAAGCCUGCAGGGACUGGGAAGGAAGAGGGGCCUGUUCCCUGUAAACAGUUGAAGAUGGAGGCAGCUGGGAGGCCCUCGACUUUAAACUUCAACCACCCCAGCGGUCUCUUUGAAAGUUUAAUCUCGCCCAUCAAGACAGAGACUUUUUUCAAGGAAUUCUGGGAGCAGAAGCCCCUUAUCAUUCAGAGGGAUGAGCCUGCACUGGCCACGUAUUACCAGUCCCUGUUCAAGCUCUCAGAUCUGAAGAGUCUGUGCAGCCGGGGUUCUUUGUACUAUGGAAGAGACAUAAAUGUCUGCCGGUGUGUCAAUGGGAAGAAGAAGGUUUUAAAUAAAGAUGGCAAAGUGCACUUUCUUCAGCUGAGAAAAGAUUUUGAUCAUAAAAGGGCAACAAUUCAGUUUCACCAACCUCAGAGAUUUAAGGAUGAGCUUUGGAAGAUCCAGGAGAAGCUGGAAUGCUACUUUGGCUCCUUGGUUGGCUCGAAUGUGUACAUGACACCCGCUGGAUCUCAGGGCCUGCCACCCCAUUAUGACGACGUUGAGGUUUUCAUCCUGCAGCUGGAGGGGGAGAAACACUGGCGCCUCUACCACCCGACUGUGCCCCUGGCGCGGGAGUACAGCGUGGAGGCCGAGGACAGGAUUGGGAGACCAACACACGAGGUCACGCUGAAGCCUGGUGAUUUGCUGUACUUUCCCAGAGGGACGAUUCAUCAAGCAGACACUCCUCCGGGGCUGGCCCACUCCACUCACGUGACCAUCAGCACCUACCAGAACAAUUCAUGGGGAGAUUUCCUUUUGGACACCAUUUCGGGGCUUGUGUUGGACACCGCAAAGGAGGACAUGGAGUUCCGAGCCGGCAUCCCCCGGCAGCUGCUCCUGCAGGUGGAAACCGCAGCUGUUGCGACAAGAAGAUUAAGUGGCUUUCUGAGGAAGCUCGCAGACCGGCUGGAAGGCAACAACGUGCUGCUUUCAUCAGACAUGAAGAAGGAUUUUGUUAUGAACAGACUCCCACCUUACUAUGAGGGAGAUGGAGCAGAGCUUUCAACACCAGGCGGACAGGUGCCGAGGUUGGACAGCAUAGUGAGGCUGCAGUUUAAAGACCACGUCGUCCUCACGGUGGGGCCGGAUCAGAGUCGCUCUGAUGAAACUCAAGACAAGAUGGUUUACGUCUAUCAUUCUUUAAAGAAUAGGAGAGCGCUACACAUGAUGGGAAAUGAGGAAACAGAGUGUCAUGGACUUCGCUUUCCUUUAUCUCAUGUGGAUGCACUGAAGCAGAUUUGGAAUAGUUCAGCUAUUUCUGUCAAGGACCUGAAACUUACCACAGACGAGGAAAAGGAAAGCCUGGUAUUAUCCCUCUGGACAGAAUGUUUAAUCCAGGUGCAUAACCAUUUCCACAAGCUGUUGGUCAGCCCACUGGGAAGAUUAAUAUGUCAUUUACAAAGUGGUCUAAAAUGGGACACUGAGUUUAAACAGGCUUAGCUAUUAUUCACCUCAAAUCAGACCUUAUUAUGACUUAAAAUGGAAAAACGAAGAGGUGUAACAGAUGAUUGCAUACGCAGUGUGCCCUAACAGAGAGUCUGAAGAACAAGUGCUGAGAGCUCUGGCUGACUGUCAGGUUCUGUGUGUUGUUUCUACACCAACGGUAGCUCGGACUAACCCAAUCAGAGCAACAUCCCUGAGGAAACCUUGCUGCAUUCAAAAACAAGGCGAAAACACCUACAGAAAGUUUACCUGGAGGCUUUUAAGGACUACAGCAAUUCAUGGCCAAAAGUCAGAGAUGUUUCUUUCUAAGAAACAUGCUAUUUUAUGGUUUGAUGUUCAAAUUUAAAAUUGUUCUCCAAGAUCAUGGAGCAAAUAAAAAUUUUACAGCUGUACUAAUGAACAAAAACCUUACGACUUUGUCCUUAGUUUUUUUCCUGCUUGAUCCACAUAGGAAUUUGGUUUUUGUGUUAAAAGAGCAUGUCUUAAUUUUUUUUCAAGCACAAUUUAAAAUGACUGAAUACUUCUCUUACACAUACGGAUUUCUGGUACUCUGAAGGAGGGAAGAGGUUUGGAACUUAAAAUGGUCUCCAGAAGCACAGUAUGUUGGGUUUCAUCA